CGACGUUGUAACUCUUAAAGGAGGCAUUUGGUGCAAAAGGCAAUGUAUCGAGAGUUGUAAAAUUAGAAGUACUUAACCUGAGCAUGGUAACAGGUCCCUCCUACCCAAUGAGCCCAUGACACCCAGUUACACCCAUGUGACCAACGAACCUACUAACCAUACGCUUGUCGAGUCAUUUCCUACAACAACCUGGCAUCCUCUCGCCGCAGUGGGGCCUGGAUUGGAGUGGUGCUUUUACUGUCUGGUCACUGCAGGCUGAAGAAGCAGUCUUGAAGAUUGAUGGAGGGCCAUGCUAUUCAAACAGCAGGCGUUGCUGAGACAGAAGCUCUUGUUGCUGGGCAGCCUUGCUGUUGGAAGUCUCUUAUACAUAGUCGCCAGAGUUGGGAACUUGGAUAGACUCCAGCCUGCGUGUCCCAUUGAAGAUCAGUUUGGGGACCAAGACCAGAUCAUGCUCCGUGCUCUGCAGUACAAGCGUGGCUCAUCAUAUGACCUGCGCAAAGGCAACACGACAAAGGAACAGAUCAGGCUGCAAAACACGGUGCAACAACUCCCUCAGGCCAUUAUUAUCGGCGUUCGCAAGGGCGGAACUCGUGCCCUGCUUGAGAUGCUCAACCUGCACCCGGCGGUGGUCAAAGCAUCGCAAGAGAUACACUUCUUUGACAACGACGGAAACUACGCUAAGGGUAUCGAGUGGUAUAGGAAAAAAAUGCCCUUUUCCUACCCUUACCAGAUCACCAUUGAGAAAAGUCCAGCAUACUUCAUCACCGAGGAAGUCCCUGAGAGGAUCUACAAGAUGAACUCGUCCAUCAAGCUGCUGAUCAUUGUGCGUGAGCCAACAACUCGAGCCAUCUCAGAUUACACGCAGGUCUUGGAGGGAAAGGAAAGGAAGAAUAAAACUUACUACAAGUUUGAAAAGCUCGCAAUUGACCCCAGCACCUGUGAGGUAAACACUAAAUAUAAAGCUGUGAGAACUAGCAUAUAUACUAAGCAUCUGGAGAGAUGGCUCAAGUUCUUCCCCAUUGAACAGUUCCACAUUGUGGAUGGUGAUCGUCUCAUAACUGAGCCAUUGCCUGAACUCCAGUUGGUGGAGAAGUUUCUCAAUCUAACGCCCAGGAUAAGCCAAUACAACUUGUACUUUAACUCCACACGAGGCUUCUACUGUCUGCGGUUUAACAUUGUAUUUAAUAAAUGUCUGGCAGGCAGCAAGGGACGGAUACACCCCGAAGUGGACUCACUGGUCGUUAAUAAGCUGCACAAGUUUUUUCAUCCAUUCAAUCAGAAGUUUUAUCAAAUCACCGGAAGGUCAUUCAGUUGGCCAUAAGAAAAAAUGAGCCUUGCGACACUGGGUGUUGAUGUAAAGCAAAUAUUGUCAAGUGAUAUCCAAUACUUUCAACUGUUGACAUAUAACAGUACUCAAAUGUUCCAGCAGAUGGGUUGAUGUGUAGCUGAUGAUAAAAGAAUUUGUUAUCAAUAAGACAUACUAAAAAAAUUAUGUUUUAGGAUUUUAUAUUUUCUUCCAUUUGACUAUUUUGCUAAUAGGUUAAUAUGAGUGUAAAGCAGAGAACACUGUUUUAUUAUCAUAUCUACUGUUUUCUUAUAAAUGUGGCAAAGGGAACAAAAUGGAUUAUUAAGUUUAUUUUUUAGAAAUCUGCUGCUAAAUCAAAUAGGCAGUAAUAAAUAGAUCACAGCCUACCUUAAGAAUAGAUUAAUGGUUAUCAUUAUCUUUUAAUCUGCAUGUGUGUUGUUUGUCACUUUGUCCAAUUUGAGACAACACAGUCCAGUUUUCCAAAAAGAUCCCUGGAUAUUUCCCAAAUAUAAGAUCUGCCUCUAACUUCCCGUGUCUGAUAGUUUAAAGCAGGGGUUCCCAAUCUUUCCAAUACCAUGAACCCCUAUCGUUAACCGAGGGGUCUGUGGGCCUCAGGUUAGGAACCCCUGUUUUAGAGGCAUUAGUCACCAAGAUCUUUGACAUUUUCAUUUUAUCCUCAAAAUCAGAGCAAACUUUGGAAUCCUUUGGUCCUGAUUUCAUCAAUUCCAUUGCCCUAUUCUGUCCCCUGCAACUGGAGAUAGAAGAAGAUGGCAACCUAGUACACACUGGUGUAACGUGAACAAAGUCACCGGAGAGACACUGAAGAUAUAAAAGUGUUUUAUUCAACAAAAACAAGCAGCACGCAUCAAAUAGAGACCCUCAUGGAGGAAGAUGCCUCUCAAUCUAAUAUUACAUGACAUUUUUAUAUGCUGAAGAUCAAAGGUAACAGCAAGACAGUUCUAUAGUUAUAAUGUAUCUACAAUACUUCCUUUGAAUUGCAUAGAGUUUUCACAUACCUCCUGCUUUGCACCCACACUCCAGACAUCCAAAUGAAUGUUAAUCAGCAUUUUCUGGCUUGCAGUCAACUGCAAUCUACAGUUCCAGGAAAGCUAUUGUUCAGGGCUAUAAUCCACGUUCAUGUCUGACAAUUGGUUGCUGGUACAAUUAAUAUUUGCGAUAUAACCUAACUCCAGAAUAUGUCCUAACAACACCACAGGAGAAACUCCUAAAUUCAGUAACAGGAUCUGAUAGCUUGUUUGUAUUUGUUAUUGUUUGUCCUGUAUUUGUCUCCGUGAGGAAAGGGCUCCUCAUGUAGCUUAUCACUAUCACUAGUGCAUGCUGUGAAGCUUUUUCAUCAAUCUUUCUCCAGUUUUGACAGAUUGUAGUGACCUACAGUUUGAAGUUACUAUGAAUUCACUGCACAGGUCCGACAUAUUUGACAUCGAAGUAAAUGUACAGCCACUUACUCUUGUAGAAGAAAAUUCCUAAGCUAAAGAACCAGAAACUACUGGAAAUGCCCAGCAGGUUAGGCUAUGUCUGACGGAAGAGAAACAGGGCUGACGUUCCAGGUAGACGUCAUCAGAAGUGUCAUUUAAGUGAAAAGAGAGUGGGCCAGUGGAGAGAGGAUAAUGGAAGAAAUACGUCUGGUGGGACAAGAGCAGGCUGAAAUACCAGGCAGUCCUGUUUGUGGAUUUUGGGCAGGAGGUAGAAGCAGGCUUUGGGGAACUAGGUCACUACAAGACUUGAGGCAGUGGAGGGAAGAUCGCCUGAUAAAGUGAGGUCCAUGAUUGUCUGGGAGACCAUUGUCCGAUGUAAAAUGUUGGGGUCAUGAUCCAAAGGAAGGUAUGACAAGUGUCCGAGAGCUAAUGUGUGUCCUCUGUGAAAUAGAGGUCAGUUCACCAUACUACAAUAGCACCACUCUGUCAACUGAUUUAAUGAUGAUAUUAGGGUUGUUCUUGGUGAAUGGUGUGCUGCAAGUUCAGAAGGGGGAAGUUUAGAGUGCAAAAAAAAUCCUAUACAUAGUGCUAACAAGAAAUGUGUAAAAUGUAAAUAACUGGAUUAAUUAGACCUGCUAAGAUCUAAAGGACAAUAACUUUAAUCACAAUUUUGUCUUUAAAUAAAUUAUUUCCCAAGUAAAAUUUCAAUCUGUUCAUCUGUAAUUAAUUUGACCAUGAAAAUAAGGGCUGCAACUGUUCAUUCAAGAAGACAGCCACAUUUUACAGGAGUCACCACUACUACAAGAUAGAAAAGCAAACCUAAUCGUAAGAGUUGUCAAUAAGUUCAUUAUUAAAAAAUGAACAAAACAGAUGGAGUAACACACACAAAAUGUUGGAGGAACUCAGCAGGCCAGGCAGCACCUAUGGAAAAAGAGUAUAGUUGACGUUUUGGGCCGAGACCCUUCAGUAGGACUGGAGAAAAAGAUGAGGAAUCAGAGUUAAAAGAGAGGGGAGGAAGAAACACAAGGUGAUAGCUGAAACUAGGAGGAGGAGGGGAUGAAGUAAAGAGCUGGGAAGUAGAUUGAUGAAAGAGACAGGGCUGGAGAAGGGGGAAUGUAAUAGGAGAGGACAGAAGGCCAUGAAAAAAAAAGGGAGAGGAACACCAGAAGGUGGCAAUGGUCAGGCAAGGAGAUAAGGUGAAAGAGGCAAAAGGGGAUGGGGAAUAGAGAAGAAGGAGGCAUUCCCAAAAGUUUGAAAAAUCGAUGCUCAUGCCAUCUGUUUGGAGGCGACCCAGACGGAAUAUAAGAUGUUGCUCCUCCAACCUGAGUGUGACCUCAUCGCGACUGUAGAGGAGGCCAAGGAUGGACAUAUCAGAAUGGGAAUGAGACGUGGAAUUAAAAUGGGUGGCCACUGGGAGAUCCCAGUUUUUCUGGAGGAUGGAGUGUAGGUGCUUAGUGAAGCGGUCUCCCAAUCUACGUUGGGUCUCAUCGAUAUACAAGAGGCCAUCUGGGAGCACUGGAUAUAGUAGAUGAGCCCAGCAGACUCACAGGUGAAGUGUUGUCUCACCUAGAAGGACUGUUUGGGGCCCUGAAUGGUAGUGA